AUGGUAGAAAUUGGGGAGUCCUCAAAGCGCAAUAAGGGUAAACGGGGUAAGAAGGACAACAAGGGGAAAGCAAAGGUUAACAACCUUGGACCGAAAAAGGGGGCUGUGAAAAAGAAGCAUGCGCCUUUCCAAGGAUGGUGUGCCUUUGAUAGCAAUGAUAACCGAAGAAACGGCUAUGAUGAAGAAGUCAACGUGAUGGGUGAAAACCCAAAAGGAUGGUUCGUUGACACGGGUGCAACCCGCCAUGUUUGCGGAGAUAAGGCUCUUUUCUCAACAUUCAAGGAAGCGACGGGUGAAGAAAAGCUUUAUAUGGGAAAUAAAGCUACCGCAAGCAUCAAGGGGGAAAGCACUGUCUUCCUGAAGAUGACUUCUGGCAAGGAGCUUACCUUGACCAACGUGUUGUAUGUCCUAGAUAUAAGGAAGAAUCUCGUAUCGGGAUGGAUGCUCAACAAGUUUGGAUUUCGUCUAGUGUUGAAUCGGACAAUUUUGUUCCUUCUAGACGUGGUACAUUUAUCGGAAAGGGUUACGCCCUUAAUGGAAUGUUUAAAAUGA